AUGUCUGUCGCUUGCCAUCCCAAGCUACCGUUGUUUGCUACUGGAAUCAAUGACGAAGCCAACGUGAUCGAGCGGGGAGAGAAUCAAUCUUGCCACCUUUUUGAACUCGGAUCAAGCACAAUACAGCCACUCAACAAAACAUCUGCGAGUACUACCCGGAACGUUGAAGAUUAUCAGAAAGUAACCCGGUUCAGUCGUUCUGGUCAAUAUCUGGUAACCGGCUUCACGGACGGUCGAGUGACAGUGCUCAAGAUGCCAGAUUUGACAUUAGCAUUCCCGCCCCUGCGGUUCAACGGCGUACAAGAUGUAGACGUGGAUCCUGAAGAGGAGUAUCUCGCUGUAGCAACCCCCAAGGCAUUGAUCAUCGUGUCCCUGGAAGACGGAACCAUCACACAGGUCAUUGAUAGUCCCAAACUGAACAAAAAGACCGAGUGCGAGUUCCGUUGUUGUCGCUACAGUAGUAACCUUUCCUCGUCGUCAAACGAGCGCAAACUCUAUGCAGUGGUCAACCCAAAAUCACGCGGUCAUGGAUUCAUAUGCGUUUGGGAUUUGCGGAAACGGAAGCAGCGCCGCUAUCCGGUCACGCAGGUCAAGACGGCCAGUGUGUGUCGCAAGAGUAUCACAAGCUUCAGUGUGAGUCCAUCUGGGGAUCUGUUGGCUUAUGCGUCAACGGAUCUGAGCGUUGGACUCGUGGAUGCGAAAACUUUGAGGGUGAGAGUUCGUUUAUAA